GGGGAGUUAAUGAUUUGCCAGAGGCUCAUUUCACAACUUACCAAGGGUCAGCUUCCCUUGAGCAUGUACAGGUUCGGUCCUCAGGGCUCCUUGCCCCUGGCCAGCUUCCUCCUGGAGUGCCCCCCAGGCAGCCCUCGACAUGAUCUCCAUCACCGAAUGGCAGAAGAUUGGUGUGGGCACUGCUGGCUUCGGCAUCUUCUUCAUCCUCUUUGGAACACUCCUGUACUUUGAUUCGGUGCUCCUGGCCUUCGGAAAUCUGCUGUUCUUGACUGGCCUCUCCCUCAUCAUCGGCCUGAGGAGGACGUUCUCCUUCUUCUUCCAGAGGCACAAACUCAAGGGCACCAGCUUCUUCCUGGGGGGCGUGGCCGUCGUCCUGCUGCGCUGGCCUCUCCUGGGCAUGAUUCUGGAAGCCUAUGGCUUCUUCAGCCUCUUCAGGGGCUUUUUCCCUGUCGCCUUUGGCUUCCUGGGGAGUACCUGCAACAUCCCCUUCCUGAGUGCGCUGUUCCGGAGGUUUCAAGGCACCAGUUCAAUGGUCUGAACAGCAGAGAUGCACUCCUUGAACUUGGAUCACUGGGCGAGGGGGCUGGAAAGGAAACGGGAGACAUCUCACAGGCGCCCACCCAGCACUGACUCACCCCCCUGACGCAUCCGGACCUCUCCAGGUCCAGAAGGAGGGACGGAGCCGAGGGACUGACCUUGAUCCCCUAGUCAAUGCAGGAAGCCGUCAGGACUGCUGGGAACAGAGAUCCAGGGCCCACGAGAGGAGAAGCAAAGAUUAAAUCCCCAAGCUGUGAAUGUGCCUGAGACUCAGUGUCUCUAGCCCAUUAAGCCCACUCUCUGACUCAGGGUGGGCCCACAGACAUCAUUCUACCUGAGGAGGGUCAGGCCAGCCCUUACGGCUCAUCAUUAAACCCUGUUUACCGGCCCUAAUGAGGGAGAUAAGAUGUUUGCAGGCCCCUGUUAGCGGCAGCUGUUAAACAAGGAAUGAGCAUUAAUCCCCAGGAUGGUGGGAAGUGCUUCCCAACUAUCGAUUAGGUGGUUAUCUGCAUGGCGCACUCGCCAGGUAGCUUCUGUGCUGGGGUAGAAUGCUGCGCCCCUACUUCCGAGAGCCCCAGUCCGUCCUGGGAAGCCCCCGUCUAAGGGCAAAGCACACUCUUUCUCAAGAAAGAGUCAGGAAUCCCCUGCAACGAGUACAUUUAAUAUGUUUCUGCGAGGGCCCCUGUGUCUGUGCAGAACAAGGGAGCGGGUGCUGAGGGUGCAAAGGAAAGCAGACCUCCCCACUUCGAA